AUGGUCGUAGAAGCGGAUCCUAUCGCUGGGAAACGGACAGAAGAUCGAGUGCACGGCGCAUCGCUCCGACCGAAGGCGGGUGGUGACGUCAUAACCUCCGAUCGCGCCGGGAGCACCCUGGAUCUGACGAUGCAGUUCUCAGCGCCAUCUAAUCUGGUGCUCACACCGGCGCCUGAAUGUCGCAAACUCUCGCGAGGCAUCUCCCGCGCUACAGACAACGAGGGCUUAGUGUGGGCGUUGAGAAGUAACACAGAGCCCGAACAGAACAUUCUCAACUCGGACCACAUACUGCUGCUGCCGGACAUAUCAGUAUACCCACCAGACUUCAGGACCUUCCCUUGUUGGCCAUUCGCCAACGUUCAUGAGCGGUUAGCACGCAAUCCGUCGGACGAGACAGACGUUGAACCCGCUGUUAUUGUUUACCGAGUCACGACCUUAUGUGUUACCGACAAUAAAGCAACUCUGGUUACACUGGAAUCAGCAGGGAUCCUAAACUGGUGGCGUAACGGUGGCAUCCCUGGUGCACCUAGACUCUUACCUCUGGCGACAUCUGGUGAUGGGAAUUGCUUGCCUCACGCAGCAUCUCUGGCUGCUUACGGGUUCCACGACAGAUUGCUAGCGUUAAGGACUAAAGUACAAGCUUUACUAUCGGGAGAAGGUGGAGAUGCGCUCACGAAUGCGAUAAAGCGCCGGUGGCGUUGGUCGGAGAGCCUGAGCCUGCGGUCUGCGGGGCUGACGCCCUCGGAGGCGGAGUGGGCGCGCGAGUGGGCGGACACCGUGCGCGCCGCCUCCGCGGAGCCCCGCCCCGCGCCCCCGCCCGCCCCCGCGUCUGCCCCCGCCCCCGCCCCGCACUACGCUGGCCUCGAGCAGCUGCAUGUGCUCGCGCUCGCCCUAGUCAUGCGCCGGCCGGUCAUCGUGUUCGCCGACCGCGCACUCAGGGACUUCCGCGGCGAGCCGAUAGCGCCGAUCCCGUUCGGCGGCAUAUACCUGCCGCUGGAGCUGCCGCCGAGCACGUGCAGCAAGACGCCGAUCCUGCUCGCGUACGACGCGGGCCACUUCUCCGCGCUGGUGCCAUUCAACGUCGACCCCGGCGAGGAUUUCCGUUGGGACAUAGAGCCGGAUCAAAAGACCAUAAACAAUCUACUGCCAGACGAAUACCAACGUUCUGCCAUGUUAGCGGCUUACCUAGACCUGGAGAACGUCGAAUGUCUCUCGCAGAGCCAUCCGCCUGAAGAACUGAGACGAUCUUUAGACGCCCUAUCUACAAAGAGCAGUAAACAAAUGAACUCUGUAGCGAAACAGUUCGGCAGCAUAGGGAGGUCUAUGAGUUCGAAGUUGAAAAGUUUCGGUUCGAUGGCGAAAUUGACGGGGAAGAGUAGCGGCAGCCAGAGUAAUCCUGAAGAAGGUAUGCCGAGGAGACAGUCCACCUGUUCGGUGCUCUGCUGUAAAGUCUUAGCGGCGAGAGCGCCCGUGCAAGAGGAGAUGGUCAAGAAUUAUCUGAACGAAGCUUGGAUGGGGUACACGGCGGAGAGGAGCCGCGCGGAGCCCGCCGCCGCCGCGCAGCCCGGGGCCCCUCGCUACGGCACCGGCCGCUCGCAGUUCUACGCGGAGGCGUCGCGCGCGGCGCACGAGGCGGCGCGCGCGCUGGGCCCGGGCCGCUCGCCCCCCGCGCGCCCCGCCGCCGACCGCACGCUGUACCUGGCGCGGUCCACGUUCUACGACGACCGGCCCCCGUCCCCCGCCGCGCCCGCGCCCCGCCCCUGCCGCGCGCCCCUCUGCGUGUACUACGGCAGCCCCGCCAACGACCACUACUGCUCCAGGUGCGCCAGGCUCCACUCUAUACUAUAAAUCGCCGGUGACACGAUCCCUGUUAUAUGGAUGACGACUGAUUUUUGUUUUGUUUGUCAGUCCGGUAGAAGGAUAUUGAACGUGUGUUUAUUUUUUACGUAAUUGAUGCGUUGAAUUAAAAAUGUCACACGAUGUCAUGCUUUACGCUACUGACGUAGCGAGCCCCCGCUCCUCAACUUUAAUGUCCGUUAUCUUAGCUAAUUCUUGUUGAAUUAAAGUAAAAAAAAAAAUUAUCCUAUAUUUCUCCAUUAUCUGACUGAAGGACUAAAUAGAAUUUCUUUUGUUUUACCCAGUCAUCAUCCCUAUUAUAUAAGUGUGCAUGUGAGGAACGAAAUGUCGGACAGUCACAGCUGUAAUACCCCCUUCUCGCUCUGUGUACGGCAGUGUACACUCCUGCUUCAGGUACGGGAGAUUACACCAUCCUAUAAACCAACCGAGAUAGAAUUAAUGAAUUAUUAUUAUAAAAGUGUGCAUGUGUGA